AUGCUAAAACAGCAAAGCAAGGGAAAGGAUCAUAAAGCGGCAGGAGACGCUUCCGCCGUCGCCUCUAUCUGCGUGCUGUGCGAUCUUUACACUCGGAAUGACCUAGAAGGAAGAUGGAAGGAGCUUGCGGCAAUCUAUGACCAACGCUGUAAUGUUGACAAUUUUCGUGAAAUUCUGGAUUUGAGCGCACCCAAAGCUCGGAUGAGCAACUUAAAUGGAUGGCAUUUGGAGCGUAUGGCGGUGGGUGAGUUUGAGCCUACCGCAGGCGCCAGUGCAAGUGAUUUGGCGGAAAUUAAGCGCGAGAGUCGUAUCAUCAAGCAGACGCUAGCAAAGGUGCUAGAAAAUGGCCGUAGCUUCCAAACCAAGCGAAAAGAUCUUGAAGAAGCUAUGGCAAAGCAACGUGAAGCACUGACUGGUGAACUUAUGGAAGCUAAGGAGUUCCUGGGUCAGGCGCAUUUGCUGAACGCCUGCGACUCGGCCACGAGCGAAGUCAGUGAGCCAGCACCUGUGGAAGAGCGGCUGCGCGCUACGUUGAAGCAUUUGGAGCUCUAUUCGGCAAUCGAUCUCAGUUAA